UUUGGCGCAAACCGGAAACCGUGACAAACGGUCCACCUUAAAAAAAGUUCAGUGUUGCUCAUGCUGUUGUUGAACUGGCGCUGAAAUAUUAAUAUUAUCAAUUAAGAGCGUUAUUAUUAAUUAUUCUUCACUGAAUUUAUAAUUACAACUCAGCAAAUUAGUGUCAUACGUAGAGUCUUAAAGUGCAGAGCAGCGAAGAAGAAGAGGGAUGAAUGCUAUCCUGUUAGCAUGUGUUAGCAUGUGUAGCAUUACCGUUAGAUGGUAACGUUAUCUUGAUACUGCUCAAUUAACUAAAGCUUUUUUUUAUAUUCGUUCCGGGAUUAACUUCCACUAUAAAUGGAUGAGCACAAGGAGAAUAUUCACACCAAGGACGUCAACGUGAAGAUGUCUAACACAGAAGAGGAUGAAAAGUCAGAGCCCUGCAGCAGAAUAUGUCCUGAUGGAGAGACUGCUCCUCGGGUGUCCCCGUCUCAGUCCAGCAGCGACUUCAGCCACCCGGUGUACAAAGAGAUCUCUCUGGCUAACGGACACAUCAACCGCAUGACCAAGGACGAACUGCGGAUCAAGUUAGCAGCGCUGCAGCUGGACACAAGAGGAGUAAAGGACGUGAUGAAGAAGAGGUUGAAGAGCCACUAUAAGAAGCAGAAGCUGAUGCAGUCUACAACCGAGGGCGGGACAACCGACACCUACUACGACUACAUCUGUGUGGUGGAUUUCGAAGCGACGUGUGAAGAGGAUAAUCCCUCAGAUUUCCAUCAUGAAAUCAUUGAGUUCCCCAUGGUUCUUAUCAACACGCACACCUUAGAAAUCGUGGACUCCUUUCAGGAAUAUGUGAAGCCAGAGUUGAACCCACAGCUUUCAGACUUUUGUGUGAAGCUAACGGGAAUCACACAGAAAAUGGUGGAUGAAGCAGACGUGUUUCCUGCCGUUCUUCAGCGGGUCGUCGACUGGCUUCAGGAGAGGGAGCUCGGGACAAAGUACAAAUACGCCAUUUUGACUGACGGGGCCUGGGACAUGAGCAAGUUCCUCAACAUCCAGUGUCGGCUCAGCAAGAUCCGAUAUCCUCAGUUUGCAAAGAAGUGGAUAAACAUCAGGAAAUCAUACGGGAACUUCUACAAGGUCCCGCGCACGCAAACGAAGCUCAGCACCAUGUUGGAGAAGUUGGGACUGAAGUACGAAGGCCGUCCUCACUCUGGGCUGGACGAUUCCCGAAACAUCGCCCGGAUCGCUCUGCGCAUGCUGCAGGACGGCUGUCAGCUGCGCGUCAACGAACGCAUCCACGCCGGACAGCUGCUCUCCGUCCCCAGCUCGGCACCGGUGGAGGGGGCCCCGGCUCCACACAGCCCCCGCAGCAGGGACUAGACCCCCACGUUUUUACCCCUAAAAGCUAAAGGAAAAUAGAUCCAAAGCACUUUUACAGCCCCUAUACAUGUUCUGGAGCUUCAUAACUGUAGUCGGUAAAAAGUAUAUUUGGGGUUUUGAUUUGUGUGUGAGGGUCCCAUUCUGACCACAACUCAGUAUAUUUUUACACCAGAUGUCUAAAAACAGAGUUUUGUGGGAGGAUUUGUCACCCUGCUUUAAGCUGCUAAAAUCAUGUGGUUUGAACAAAAAAGAAAACGUCUACGUUGUGUUGUUAAUUUUUUACGUUAGAUUGUGCUUUGAACAUUAGAGUGGUGCAGGGAUGACUUAUUUUUGUACACUGACCCAGAAGUUAGCAUCGCUCCCUCAACAAAAAUCAAUGGGAUUUUCCCAUUGUAUUAUUGCAGAAAAGGAGCUCUGGGGCUAACGGCGGCUAAUGUCUCACUCCUGCAUCACUCUGUAUAACUCUAAAAAUACAUUGAAUGAUUAUCAUUCUUUGGGUAGUAAAAAGACAAAUAUCAAUGUCGACUAUGACCAGCCCCAUAUCUGUGCAAAUAUUUUAACAUAAAAAUCCACAUUUAUUUUUUCUGCUGCUAUUGCUGUGCUGCGUAAUAACAGAGCCAUAAGAUCACACUGUUGGGUAAUGAAAAUAUGUUCUGUCAAAUACAGCACAGGUGUUCGUUUGGCAGAUGAUCAACAGAAGUGUUCUCUGAUGCCAGUCCUGUGUGAGUUGAGCCUGGGUUUUAGGACUCAUCUUUUGUUAUAUUGAAUUUACUUCACAGAAGAUGCUCUAUUUUAGGAAAAACUGUUCUUCUGAAUGCCAAAUAAUGCAAAUAAAAUGUUUCUGUUAUUGUAAACAUUUUGUUUGUUGUCUUAAGCCCAAGUUUUAACCGGUAGUUUCUCUGGUCUCUAAAUGUUUUGGUCUUUUGUUUAAGACCUUUUCGAAGUACUGUACUUGUACGUAACUUGUGUUAUUAAAACUGUAUUUUAAUUACGGUC